AUGGACAAAGAACCUGUGAUGCUUUUCAGGUUGGAGGAUUCCUACAGCCCAGAAUUCAGCCUGAGUCUCUUUGGAAGGUACAGCAAUGCAGCCAUCACUGCAGCUGAAGGACAGCAGCUCCUAGGUGGCAGUGACCGGCGUCUCUCACCUCCAAGGUAUGUGGAUUGGUGGUCGGGCUGGCUGGGGAUGGGCGUGGAAGGGACGGAGCGGCUUGGCUGGCUCAAGUUCGCGCCUCCCUCCCUCCGUCCCCAGGUCAGCGGAAACGAUUAUUCCCGCGGCGUCUGGCGGGGCCGGGGCGGGCUCGCACCCCAAGGAGACCUGGCCUGCCUCCCCGACGCCUUUGAUGUCUUCCGCCAGACUAUGUACCCCGACAUCCAAUUGCGGGAGCGCCUGGCCUCGCUCACGCUGCUCCCCGAGUCCAGGAUCCAGGUGUGGUUCCAGAACAGACGGGCCAAGUCCAGGCGCCAGAGUGGGAAGUGGUUUCAGCCCUUAUCAGCAAGGCGGGAAGCUUGGCUCCAUCGCUCUGCUCCAGGGACUGAAGCAAGAUGUUUGAAGCCCCAGCCGCCUCUGCAGGCAGAUGUGAACUGCCUUCCAGAUCCCAACAGAGCUGGAGGAGGCGUCUGUGACUCUGGUUCUCAAGGUCAGAGUUUUGAUACCUAUCCACCGCUCUCGGAAGACUUCGGCUCAAAGUUGGACUCAUGGGAAGAGCACAUCUUCUCUGCUUUCGGUAAUUUUUGA